GGAGAACUUCCGGUCCCGGCAAAACCCCGCGCCGGCGGCGUUAGGUCAGCCCCGUAGGGCCUUGCUCGGAAGCUCCGCCUUCGCUCAGGUCUUUCUAGAAACCCAGCUUUGCUCCUGGCGGUGCCGGACAGCGUCCCGGACGCGUGCGUGUGCCCCCUCCAUGGCGGAUACGACCCCGAACGGCCCCCAAGGGGCGGGCGCAGUGCAAUUCAUGAUGACCAAUAAACUGGACACAGCAAUGUGGCUUUCUCGCCUGUUCACAGUGUACUGUUCUGCUUUGUUUGUUCUGCCUCUUCUUGGGUUGCACGAAGCAGCAAGCUUUUAUCAACGCGCUUUGCUGGCAAAUGCUCUUACCAGUGCUCUGAGGCUGCACCAAAGAUUACCGCACUUCCAGUUAAGCAGAGCAUUCCUGGCCCAAGCUUUGCUAGAGGACAGCUGCCACUACCUGCUGUAUUCACUCAUCUUUGUCAAUUCCUACCCUGUUACAAUGAGUAUUUUCCCAGUGUUGUUAUUCUCUUUGCUUCAUGCUGCCACAUACACAAAAAAGGUUCUUGAUGCAAAGGGUUCAAAUAGUUUACCUCUGCUGAGAUCCCUCUUGGAUAAAUUAAGCGCUAAUCAACAGAAUAUUCUGAAAUUCAUUGCUUGUAAUGAAAUACUCUUGAUGCCUGCUACAGUUUUUAUGCUUUUUAGCGGUCAAGGAAGUUUGCUCCAGCCUUUUAUAUACUAUAGAUUUCUUACUCUCCGAUACUCUUCUCGAAGAAAUCCAUAUUGUCGGACCUUGUUUAAUGAAUUGAGGAUUAUUGUUGAACAUAUAAUAAUGAAACCUGCUUGCCCUCUGUUUGUGAGAAGACUUUGUCUCCAGAGCAUUGCCUUUAUAAGCAGAUUGGCACCAACAGUUGCGUAGUUUAAUAUCCAGCUAAGUUAUAUAUGAUAUAAGUAAGCAUUAUUAGCAGCUGGUACUUCUGCCAGGGGUUGUGAAUUCCAGGUGUGAAACUGACCUCAAUUCAACUUACAUAAUUUACAUAAAUGCAUCUUAACGGAAAAAUAAUAUUUUCCUGGCAUGUUAAAUCAAGCCUUUAUAAAAAAAAGUUUCCAAGAAAAUUCUGUGUUGUGUUGUUAAUGGUUAAGGAAGUUUGUGUUUUGUAAUAAAUGUAUCACAUUUUUUUUAGAUGCUACUGUGCCUUUAUCAUGUACAUUUAUUUCUCUUGUGAAAAUAGUUCUAAAAUUUGUUUCAACCUAAUUGGUAUCUGAAUUUAUUUAUAUCUGGCAUUAGUUCAUUAUGGUAAAUUUACAUAUUCAGUAUAUUUUGAGACAGUAUUCUUUUGCCAUUUAUGAAUUUUGGUUGAUGAUUUUAACAGAGGCAUUUCCCACUGUAUUUGGUUUCAAAUUGUCAUUAAAUUGAUUUUGUGCUGCUUUGUUAGGACAGAUUUAUUUUGGAUGUGCCAUCAUAAGAUGAGUUCUGUAUGUGUCUUACACUAUGACCUUCUAAAAUUUUAUUUCCAUAAUUCUGUGGAUUUGAAUAUUUUUUUAAAAGGCUCAGCUAUAAGUUUACUAGCCAAUUAAGUAAAUAUUUGGAAUUACCUAACCAUUUUACAUCAGAGAGCAGUAGUCCUACAACUUUCCUUUCAGACCCAUUGAGUAACAUUUCUCAGACAGGAAAUCCUUUUACAGUGUGGACACGUAGGUUAUUAGUAUAGUUUUAGAAUUGCCUAGAUCAGAUUCUUGACUACCAACUUUCUCUGUUUCUUAGGCUUGAAUUUUCAUGGACAGUCGCGGCAGUGCAGGUACCUUUUGAAAAGAAUAUAACUGAAGAUCAUAUCACUGAUACUUAGUGUCUGUUCCGAAAUAAUAAUGAAGACUAUCCCGUAGAUUAUAUACCCAGCAAAAUCGUAUUGAAAGGUUAAAUGGAAAGGUUUAUGGGUAAGGUGAUUGAUUGGGAAUGGUGCCUGAGGAGGCAUUUUGGGAGAAUAGUGUACAUUUCAGUUUCAUGCUGGAUAAAUAAAAUUGGGGGAAUUAGAUGUAUUAUGCAACUGUGACUUGAGUUGUGUAAUAUGUUAAAUCCUACUUGUUGAGCUUCUAUCAACUCUAUAAAAUUUAUUUUGAUCUUUACUGUUACAUGAUUGGAAAUGUGUAAAAUGUUGCAAAAAAUUUAGUACAGAAUAAUGUAAUGGUUUUUGUAACCAAUUUUCUUCUGUCUGCAUGUAAUAUGGAUUCUUCAAAUACAUUCAUUGGUAACUUAUUAGUAACAUCAGAUUUUUUGUUGUUCAACUUUCAGAUCUAUAGAAAUGUGAUAUCUAUUUGAUGGCUCAACCAUAACCAGCUCUUUUUGUAAUAUUUUUCUACUAAGUUAGAGAAGCAGCCUCAUAAUAUACAGUUGAUUUUGUGUGUGUACGUGUUUGUGGCUAGCCUCAUUAUCACCAUAUAUGUAAUCUGAUGAUUUCAAGAACUAAGUUUUCUAGAGCAAUAAAGUGACUAUAAUGUUAAGUGAACAGUA